AUGACUUUUGCAAAAGCUGUAGCCCUUCCUUUGGCUCCAAAUGAUGGCCUACAUGAAGCUGUAGGAAGCCUGGUUGAAGCAUUGUUUUAUAUAAUGAUAGUAGGGAGCCUUCAAUACUUGACUCUCACAAGACCGGAUAUUACUCAUGAUGUGAAUCUAGCAAGCCAAUUUAUGCGAAAUUCGAAUAAUGGACAUCUUCAAGGUGUAAAAAGGAUUCUCAGGUACAUCAAAGACACUUUGCACUUUGGACUUAGACUUAUUUCACAAUCACCAUAUAGGUUGUAUGGAUACUUAGAUGCUGAUUGGGGAGGUUGUAUCACAACUAAGAGAUCAACUACAUGCUAUAGCAUCUACCUAGGUGCAAAUUGUAUUUCUUGGACCACCAAGAAACAGUCCACAGUUGCUCGCUCAAGUGCUGAAGCUGAGUAUAGAGCACUUGUCUUUAUUGCCUCAGAGAUGACAUGGAUCAUAAAUCUACUUCAUGACCUUGGGGUAUUUCUUCGAUCUGUACCUACAUUGUUGUGA